CUCUCUCUCCCUCCCACCGCUACCAUCGUUGUCCUGUCCAUCAGAUGACCACUUCACGGUUCCCACAAGCCCGUUUAUUAACUCUCCUUGGCUGCUGUUCUCCCCUCUUCUCCUCCUAACCUUGGAAGACAGUGCCCGGUUGACCUCCGUCUCCAACCACCUCAGAGGAAUCCAUUUUCUUUGUCUGUGCAGUGUCAGUGACAACAAAUGGCCCGUGCGCAGAGGAAUACUCACCAGGGGAGGAAGGGAGGAAGAUGCGCCCCCCCCCCCCCCCCCCAGCAAGCCGUGACCUUUUCUCCAGCUCCAAGUAUUCUCUCCUCGUCAUGAGUAAAUUAAGGAAAGUUUCGCACUUUCUGUGCUGAUGAUAAGUGGCCAAUCUCUCUCUUAUUUCUUGGGACUAAAAAAGCCCUUUUCCCUCAUCUCCUUCGACAGCCUAAAUCUUUGAACUUGGGUCAUUCGGUUCUAGUGUUGUAUUGCAAUGGACCUAGUUUGGCCUCUGUGGGUUUUCCUUGUCUUUCUUGCCGCCUUCCAUGGGGGGCAGUCAAGACAGGAUGAUGUGAAUGUGGGAGCGAUCUUCACGCUAGGCAGUAUCAAUGGAAAAGUCUCGAGAAUCGCCAUAAAAGCUGCCGAGGCCGAUGUGAAUGCUGACCCCACUGUUCUUGGCGGCAGGAAGUUGUCCAUAACGAUACACGAUUCUAACUUCAGCGGAUUCCUCAGCAUCAUUGGUGCACUGCAAUACAUGGAGACCGACACGGUGGCCAUCAUCGGGCCCCAGACUUCUACAAUGGCCCAUGUGCUCUCACACCUUGCUAAUCAGCUCCAUGUCCCCUUGCUCUCAUUCACGGCAUUGGACCCGUCACUCUCGCCUCUCCAGUACCCGUACUUCAUCCAAACUGCACCAAACGACCUUUUCCAGAUGACUGCCAUUGCUGAAAUCAUCAGUUAUUACGGUUGGGGAGAGGUGGUUGCGAUGUACUCCGAUGAGGACCACAGUAGGAAUGGUGUAAUAACAUUAGGCGACGAGCUCUCUGAUAGGCAAUGCAAGAUCUCGUACAAGUCCGCCCUCCCCCCUGACCCGAUUGGUACACGAGAAGACAUAGCAGCUGAGCUAAAUAAGAUUCAGAUGCUCGAGUCUCGCGUCAUUGUCUUGCAUACUUUUUCGAAGACAGGGCUUCUCGUAUUUGAGGUGGCCAAGGAUCUUGGGAUGAUGGAGAAGGGUUAUGUGUGGAUUGCAACCGCUUGGCUUUCUACUGUUCUCGACUCGAACUCUUCUCUUGCUCCAAAGACAGCUGAAACUCUCCGAGGAGCCCUCACACUUCGUCCUCAUACACCUGACUCAAAAAGGAAAUCAGACUUCAUAGCACGGUGGAAUGAGAUUAGCAAUGGUUCGAUUGGGUGGAACCCCUAUGCUUUAUAUGCGUAUGACACUGUCUGGAUUAUUGCUCGAGCGGUGAAGACCUUUCUUGAUCAGAGCAAUAAUAUUUCCUUCUCUGAUGAUCCGAUCUUGGGCAGUUUUGGCAAAGGGCCACUGAACCUACAGGCUUUAAGCGUAUUCAAUGGCGGGGACAUGUUGCUUAAUGACAUCUUGCAAACGAACAUUACAGGCCUGACCGGCCAGAUCAAGUUCAAUCCUGACAGAUCUCUAGUACAGCCUGCAUAUGAUGUCAUCAAUGUACAGCAAAACGGAUUUCCAGUGAUCGGAUACUGGUCCAACUACUCGGGACUUUCAGUUGUGACUCCAGAGACACUCUACGCGAAACCAGCUAACAGAUCUAGUGCGAACCAGCACUUGAACACUGUGGUUUGGCCUGGUGGGACGACAACUAGGCCUCGAGGCUGGGUUUUCCCGAACAACGGUAGACAGCUGAGGAUUGGAGUUCCCCGGAGAGUUGCUUAUCUGGAUUUUGUCGAGCAAGUAAAUGGGACCGAUGAGGUUCGGGGAUAUUGCAUAGAUGUGUUCCUCGCAGCCAUAAAAUUGCUUCCCUAUGCAGUUCCGCACAAGUUUGUACUUUUUGGGGACGGGCACAAAAACCCAAGUUAUAACGAGCUCGUGAAUAUGAUUGCUUCCGAUGUUUUUGAUGCUGCUGUAGGUGAUAUUGCAAUCGUCACAAACCGAACAAGGAUCGCAGACUUCACUCAACCCUAUGUGGAGUCCGGCCUAGUCGUCGUGGCACCGGUCAAGAAGUUGAACUCAAGUGCAUGGGCCUUCCUGAGGCCCUUUACUCCAAUGAUGUGGGCUGUUACUGCAAUCUUCUUUCUGAUUGUAGGAGCAGUCGUGUGGAUUCUCGAGCACAGGAUAAACGAUGAAUUUCGAGGCCCGCCUAGGAAGCAGUUCGUCACAGUUCUCUGGUUCAGCUUCUCUACUAUGUUCUUUUCCCAUAGAGAAAAUACUGUGAGCACGCUCGGUCGGAUGGUGCUGCUCUUAUGGCUCUUUGUUGUCUUGAUAAUCGACUCAAGCUACACUGCGAGUCUGACCUCGAUGCUGACUGUUCAGCAGCUUUCAUCACCAAUCAAAGGAAUCGAUUCCCUGAUCACUAGCACCGCCCCAAUCGGAUUUCAAGUAGGUUCAUUUGCAGAGAAUUAUAUGAUAGAGGAGCUAAACAUUCCCAAGUCGAGGCUCAUUGCUCUGGGCUCGCCUGAGGAGUACACUUCUGCACUCGAGAACGGGACUGUUGCUGCUGUGAUCGACGAGCUGCCUUACGUAGAGGUCUUCCUGUCUAAUCACUGCCAGUUCUCUACCAGAGGCCAGCAGUUCACUAGGAGCGGCUGGGGAUUUGCUUUUCCAAGAGACUCUCCUCUCGCGGUUGACAUGUCGACGGCGAUCCUUGCCCUGUCAGAAAAUGGGGAGCUCCAGAGGAUCCACAAUCAGUGGCUUCGGAAGACAGCCUGCAGGGGAUCCUCUGACGUCGAUUCCGAUCAGCUCAAUAUAAAGAGCUUUUGGGGCCUGUUCCUCAUCUGUGGGAUCGCGUGCACGCUUGCCCUCAUUGCAUACUUCUUCCGGACAUGUCAGAAGUUCAGCAGGCACCUCCCUGAAGAAGGAAAUCGCAGUUCCCGCUCCGCUCGGCUCCAGACGUUCUUGUCCUAUGCGGAUGAGAAGGAAGACAGAUCCAAGAGCCGAUCUAAGAGGAAACGCAAUGAUCAAGUGGGGGAAGAACUUGAAAGUGGAAGCAUGUCGAUGAACAGAUCGAAUAGAGUUCACUUCGACAUCUCCGUGGAGGCUCGACAUGGUGAUACCUGGUUCCACUGACUUGCAUAACAAGGUUUAGUUUUGCCUGAUCAUUGGUUCGAUUUUUCCACUGGCAAUCGAAUCGGCAGCAGAUGUUGUUACAUAAAGUGUUCUUGCCAAGCCAGAGAAAAGCAAUCAAGUAGAUCGGUGGCAGUCCGACUAUGAGGCUCGGAUUUCUUGGUAUGUACAAUCCAGUGGAUACUAACCUAAGUCGGGUCGGUGCUUCUUAAGAUGCAACUGUGAUAUUGCCUCCCCACGGUCAUUGUAACUCAUCUUGUUCGUAUAUAGCAAAUGUAUAUGGAAUCAAUAGAAAAAGCAGAAUUUCGGGUUGA